AUGUAGCCCUCCCCACCCCUCCUCCCCCCUCACUGACUCCUGACACUACUGACCAUGUAACGCCAGGCUCCAGAGGUGUGGCUAACCCCACUGGCCCCACCCCUUCCGCCCCCCGUGACGUCGUGGCCUCGCUGGUCUCCACACGCUUCAUCAAGCUCACCUGGCGCCCUCCUGCUGAGCCCAACGGAGAAGACCUCACCUACUCUGUCUACUUCAAUCAGGAGGGUACCAACAGGGAGCGUAUCCUGAACACCAGUCGGCCAGGUGAGAUGCAGGUCACCAUUCAGAACCUGAUGCCCGACUCCAAGUACAAGUUCCGGGUGGUGGCACACAACAAGAACGGCCUGGGAGAGAGCUCUGCUGUCCUCAAGGUGGCCACCCAGGGUGAAGUGCAAGUUCCUGGCCCCGCCCCCAACCUGCAGGCUGUGUCGACCACACCCACCUCCGUCACCCUCAGCUGGGACACGCCCCUCACUGGUAACGGAGACGUCCUCACCUACAAGGUCUACUAUAUGGAGAAGGGUCUGGACCUGGAACAGGACGUAGACGCUGGAGCUCUGUCCUACACCUUGAUGGGUCUGAAGAAGUUCACAGAGUACAGCAUUAGAGUGGUGGCCUUCAACAAGCACGGUCCGGGAGUGUCCACAGGAGACAUCACCGUCACCACCCUGUCUGAUGUCCCCAGUGCCCCUCCUCAAAACCUCACUGUGGAAGUUCACAACUCAAAGAGUAUCAUGGUCCGGUGGCAGCCCCCACCACCAGGCGCCCAGAACGGCGAGAUUACUGGGUAUAAGAUCCGUUACCGGAAAGGAACGCGGAAGAGCGAGGCGGCAGAAACCACGGGAGGCACCCAGCUAUUCCAACUCAUCGACGGUCUAGAGCGGGGGACAGAGUACACGUUCAGAGUAUCAGCCAUCACAGUGAACGGCUCCGGGCCCGCCACAGAGUGGAGCACCGCAGAGACCUUCGAGAGCGACCUGGACGAGUCCAGGGUGCCAGACAUCCCCAGCUCGCUACAUGUGCGCCCGCUGGUCAACAGCAUCGUGGUGAGCUGGACGCCGCCGGAGAACCAGGACAUGGUGGUACGAGGCUACACCAUCGGCUACGGCAUCGGCAGCCCCCACGCCCAGACCAUCAAGGUGGACUACAAGCAGCGCUACUACAGCAUUGAGAACCUAGACCCCAGCUCCCACUAUGUGAUACCCCUGAAGGCCUCAACAACGUGGGGGAGGGGAUCCCUGUAUACGAGAGCGCCAUCACCAGGCCACAGUCAG